AUGCAUUUCUUUGUAGCUGGAAUUAUCUCUGAUUGUAGCUUGGAAGAAAUAGAAGAAAAGGAAGAACUAGGGCAUAAAGAUGAGGUGGAAAAUAUUUCUUUGAAGUCACCAGACAUUCCUUUUGCAUCUACUGAUAUAACAAAUACACUGAAAAAUGAUUCUGACUCAGCCCUUGGCAUCAAUAGCAGAGAGUCCUCUCAAAACUCCAAGGAAGAAAACCAAGAAACUAGAAACACAGAUGGCAGAGAGCCACACAGUACUGUGUAUGAUACAAGCAAUGAAGAUAUGAUAGCCUGCAGAGUAAGAAAUUUGAAGUCCGAUUUGGGCCCAAGCAAAGAGAAUGUUCAGAAUGAAAUCAUUGUCCUUACAACAAAUACAGAAGAUACUAUGAAAAAUAGAGUGAGGAGAACAGAAAUCAAUGUAGAAGGGGAAGCAAAAAAUAAGGACACGGUCAUGGAAGUUGACAGACAGUCAAGCUAUCAAGCACAUGAAACUGUUAAUGUUAGCAAGGAAAAUCAUCGACCAGAACCAUCAGUACCAGACCACAAACUGAAUCAGCUUGGUGCAGAAAAGAUGAAAAGGCAAGAUGCGGCAAUUCAGACAAUCCCUUCCAGCAACAGUUCUGAGGGGAAUCACCAAGAUCGUAAUGUGCCUGCUUUCAAAGUUGAUGAAAGUGUGCAAACUUCAAAUAACAAACCAACUCAACACCUAUCUUUAAAUCUACAAAAUCAUGUAACUACCUCAAGAGAAUUGAGGAUUCAGAGCACCCCAGUUGUAUAUUCAGAAGACAGACUUGCCAUAAAAGAUCCAACUUGUGCACAAGGCAAUGAUGAUCCUUUGUCUCCUAUAGAUGGAAUUGAUAAAUAUUCAGCUGCUUCUUAUCUAAAGAAUCUGCCAAUUUACAGACAAGACUAUAAUCCCAAGCCAAAACCUUCAAAUGAAAUUACAAGAGAGUAUAUACCCAAAAUUGGAAUGACUACUUAUAAAAUAGUACCUCCCAAAUCCCUGGAUAUACUGAAAGACUGGGAAUCAGAAACCAUAGGGUAUAAAGAUGAUCAAAAGAUACAUGCUUCAGGGAAUGUGAAGGAGGUGGCCCUGCAAACACAAGACCUUUUUACUUCUGAAGGCCCAGGGGAGCUACAGGUAGACCCUAAACCAAAGCCUAACUUGAGAACAGAGCAACAGUUGCACAGGGCUGUGAGCUCACACAAUGGUGCUGUGACUAAUCCUUGGAAACUUCCCAGAAUGACUAGAGACAUUGGCACAGCUCCUUUUGCACCAAAUUUGGAAGAAAUAAACAAUAUUUUGGAAUCGAAAUUUAAAUCUGGAUCAAAUCCCCAGGCCAAACCAAGUUCUUUUUUCUUGAAGAUGCAGAAGAGAGUAUCAGGUCAGUAUGUGACAUCUGCAGCUGCCAAGAAUGUCCAUACUAUCCCUAAUCCUUCCCCCAAGGAACUAACAAAAAAAGAGAUGGAAAGGGACACACUGCCUCAUUCAGAACAGACACUUUCUCCCUUAAGUAAAACUACUCACCCAGCUCCACAGCCCCAAACUAAAAAGAUGGAAGAUGACAUCAUCAACCAGAAACCUGCUGAAACCUCUCCUCCUCCUAUAGCUCCCAAGCCUAUGCCUCUUCCCACUAGUCAGGUAGCAGCGGUAACGAAGAUUCUGAAAACUUUUGGUGCCCCAAGACCAUACUCAAGUUCUGCUCCUUCACCAUUUGCCCUUGCUGUUGUGAAGAGGUCACAGUCUUUCAGUAAGGCACAGCCCGAGUCACUCAGUUUGGGUGCAUCCAACCAACCUCCAGCUCACCCAGAGGAUGGGAGGACUUGCUGUGUACACAGGUGUGCAGACAUCCCACAAAUUGAUAUGAUGGAUAAGCAAAAUAACUCUGCACAUAAUGAACAAAAUUCUCCAACACCAACUCCAGCUGACUGCCCAUAAUUCACCCUUAGGAGACAAAGUUCUUUAACAUUCCAAAGCCCUGACCCAGAACAGAUCUGACAGAGUUUGCUGACUGCAAUCUGUUCUGGAGAGGCUGCUGCCAAAUUGAAAGGUUGGCACAAACUGUCUCUGUGUGAUGCCACUGGGCCCUGGUGCUUUGACAAGCCCAGUAGCAGCAUGCCCAGCCCAGCCACCACAGGGCUGGGAGCUUCCAGGAACACAACUAUCCUACUCAUUCCCUGCCCCUGUCCUGGAGCAUUGGCUCAGCCAGGCCCCCACACCCAGGCUGAGUACCGCCUCUUCAAAUACCUCUUCAGGGGCUAUAACUGCUGGGCACGGCUAGUGCCAAACACCUCAAAUGUGGUGAUCGUGGGCUUUGGACUGUCCAUUGCCCAGCUCAUUGAUGUGGUGGAACCGUCUCCCAAUCCCGGGCCCCUCAGAAUCAGCCUCCAGACCCCAGGCCCUUCCCCAGGGUCCCCCCUGCAGUCCCAGCCCCCCAGCCCAUCUCCAUUACAGCGGGGACCUCAGCCUGUUCCUCCUGGGCUGCCACAGCCCCUUCCCCUCUCUCGCCCAGAUCCCCUUCUAGGGCAGCAGAGGGCAGCAGAGGGCUUUCUUGUGUGA